GACUGACAAAAACAAUUUUUGAACUUCCAGUUUUUUUGGACAGUUCCCGUAAUGGCCACAUACAGUCUCAAGUGUUUAAACUCCAUUAACCAGGAUGCAUUGCGCAAAAUCGCUAGUUCACUUAAAAGAGUCGAAGCCGGUUGGAUUCUCUCAGUCGCGAGUUUACAGGGUUUCGUGGGGUUUGUCCGGAGCCGUCCUGUCAAUGAAGGCGACAGUGAAACCGUAGUCUGGAUUGCUUAAACUACAACGACGUAAAUGCAUGCGGAGAAGGCAUUCUGAAGACUGAGAGGGGGAAACCACUUCGUUUCAGUCCCGUUUUCUGUUCGCUGGUGCCGCGCGAUCCGUACUGUCCGUGUCAUGUCCUCACCCGCUGUGGAUCACGUGUCCGCCGAGCAGCUGCAGCAGGUGAAGCAGAGCGCCGGCCGCUGCAUCGACGGAGCCGGGGAUGCCCUGUCCGUCCUGGCUUCGGAGAUCUGGAGAUGUCCGGAGCUCGCUUACCAGGAGGAGAAGGCGCACGAUGCCCUUGUGCGCUUCUUCUCGCAGCAGCCCGGCUGGAGCGUGCAGAGCCGCUACUUCUUGAACACGGCAUUCCGGGCCACGUGGGGGCCCGUGGGCGGCCGCGAGGGUGACGCCGUACUGAACGUCGGCUUCUUGUGCGAGUACGAUGCGCUGCCGGGAAUCGGACACGCGUGCGGCCACAACCUGAUUGCGGAGGUGGGCGCGGCCGCGGCGCUGGGGCUCAAGGGCGCGCUGGCAGCCCUGUCCCACUGCCCGGUUCGGGUGAAGGUGACUGUGCUCGGGACCCCAGCAGAGGAGGAAGGCGGGGGGAAGAUUGACUUGAUUCUGGCUGGGGCCUUUGAAGAGCUGGAUGUGGUGUUGAUGGCACAUCCCUCCAAGGAAGAUGCUCCCUACCUUCCAGAUGUGGCUGUGAUCGACGUGACUGUGAAAUACCACGGAAAAGCCUCCCACGCCUCUGGGUCUCCCUGGAAGGGAGUCAACGCGUUGGACGCGGCAGUCCUGGCCUACACAAACCUCUCUUUACUUCGACAGCAACUGAAGCCAGAUUGGAGAGUCCAUGGCAUCAUCAAGCAUGGUGGCGUUAAGCCCAAUAUCAUCCCCAGUUACUCUGAGCUGCUCUUCUAUCUACGCACGCCCAAGCGUCAGGACCUUCCGAGCAUUAGGGCCAAGGCGGAGAUGUGCUUCAGGUCUGCUGCCAUGGCAACCGGUUGUGAAGUUGAACUGGAAUAUGCAAAGCACGAGUAUCACAACAUUCUCCGCAACACCACCCUGGAACGCAUAUAUGAAGAAAAUGGCAAAGCUCUAGGAAUGGAGUUCAUCACCGAUGAGGAAAUUUUGAGAACAUCCUUGGGUUCAACAGACUUUGGCAACGUGAGCUUUAUCGUGCCUGGAAUCCACACGUACUUCUACAUCGGUUCUGAUGCUGAGAACCACACAGAGGAGUACACAGCAGCCGCUGGAGCAGAGAAGGCACAGUUCUAUACCCUGAGGACAGCUAAAGCUCUGGCCAUGACAGCCCUGGACGUGCUGUUCCGCCCAGAGCUGCUACAACACAUCAGGGAUGAGUUUUCGGAGGCCAAGCUGAAAGAGAAGAGUGUGAAGACAAAUGGAGGAAGCUGAGGUGGUUCAGACAUUUAUCCCUGCAGAAGGGCAUCUGCAUUCCCCUGAAUGAUAUGCAGAGUCCCGACUGUUUCAAUCAAUUUAUUUUUAUAGAGUGCUCUUCUUACGCAGUGACACAGCGCUUGAACACAGGCAUAGAGCAAAGAUACAAAUGCAUCAGACAUGGUAACAAAGACACUACAGAACUAGCGUAAUACAUAUGCUUUUAUAGAGCUAUAAGUAUGCCUACUGGCCACGGAGGAAAGGAACAAAAAUUCCCAACUG